AUGUUAUCUCCAAGAAGAUGAACCCAAGCAAACCAUUGCGUGCUUAAAAAAUAACAUUUUUGCAUGCGAGAUAGGUGCUGUAGAUUGUACCCGAGAACGCCACAAUAGACGAACAUGGUUUAAUGGUUAAUUUUCUAAUCAGAGUCAUGAACUGGAUAAAAGCGGCGUUUACCGACUGUGAACUGUGACUGACUUCAUCAGUGAACCGUCGGGUCAGCAUUCUAUUCUGUGACUUUUGUCAAGGCUUGUGUGCUAGUCAGGAGAGGACGUCAGAUUUGGACUGUCGAUUGGUUAUUAUUGGUUUGGCUGUAUGAUUUGAAAUUAAUUUUAAGAAAUAUCUGGACGGAUCGUGAUCAAAGUUACGAUUGCGAAGAGUUGAGAUAUUCUUCUUGUCAAUAGAAGUUAGAACAGUGGUUACAACACCCCAGAAUAGGAAUCUGUGCUCUUGACAGGAUUCUCACUACCCCUUAGAUGCGAUGGAUCAAAAUCUCAAAGGAUGGUUUACUGAACGAUCCCCCAUGUGGCCGGGUCAGGCGUUUUCUUUGCAAGUGAAGGAAGUUCUUUUGGAGGAGAAAAGUCCAUUCCAGAGCAUUCAGGUCUUUGAUAGUACUCACUAUGGAAGAGUUUUGGUACUGGACGGAGCAAUUCAAUGCACAGAGCGAGACGAAUGUUCAUAUCAAGAGAUGAUCACAUUUCUGCCUCUCAACUCGCAUCCAAGUCCUAAGAGGGUGCUUAUCAUUGGUGGGGGUGAUGGAGGAGUAGCACGGGAGGUUAGCAAACAUCCAUCUGUGGAGCACAUUGUUCAGUGUGAAAUUGAUUCAAAGGUGGUUGAGGCUUGUAAAAAGUACAUUCCAUCAAUGGGUUGUGGAUUCAGCUGCCCCAAGCUCACUCUCUAUACUGGAGAUGGCGCUAAAUUCUUGGAAACCACGAAUGAGAAAUUUGAUGUAAUCAUCACAGAUGCAUCUGAUCCUGUAGUGAAUGCAGACGAAGGUGCUGGAACUAAGGAUGGUCCUGCAGCUUCCCUUUUCAACGAAGAUUAUUAUGUAAAGAUGAAAGAGAAGUUGGCGGAAGGAGGAAUUCUUUGUUGUCAGGGUGAGAACAUGUGGCUUCAUGCAGAGUUGAUUAGCAGACUCUUGAAGAAAUGCCGGUCCAUAUAUCCAGUGGUUGAUUAUGCUUACACAUGCACACCGACUUACCCUUCAGGCCAAAUAGGAUUCAUCCUUUGCAGUAAAAACCCUCAAACUAAGUUCAGGGAACCCGUCACAAUAUGGAAUGACGAUGAUGUCGAGACAUUUUCUCUCAAGUACUACAAUGCCGAUAUCCAUCGUGCGUCAUUCAUAAUGCCAACAUUCAUGAGGAAGGCCUUGCAGAAAGCACAAGUAUAGAACGUCACAGGUUUUAUAGUACAGGUUCACAUCUCUGUUGUAUAAUAAAUAAACUAGUACUAGUUUAUUUAGGUUUUCAGUUCUGUUGUAUGUAUUGUAGUUUUAGUUUUUCAGUUCUGCUAGUUUUAUUGUUAGUCAAGAAUCAAAGGUUUAAAAAAUAUUUUUGUAAAAUUUUGUAUUGAAAUGUUGACCGGUUACAUGUAGACCUAGGUUUUUAAUAUGCUUCUAUUCACUGUAGAUUGAGAACAUUUUGAACAUUAAAAUACAGUGAGCAAGAUAUGGUAGAGUACAAUAAUUGGCACUCUCACAAAGGUAGAAAGAAGCCAGCUUCAUGACCCCAGAGCACUGGACAGCUUCACUUGGUAAUUAUUAUUAAGUAGUUUAACCAAACCACUAAGCCAAAAUACCUAUUUUUCAUAGGGCUUGCCAAAAUAUUUUCCAUUCUUUAAAAAUAUGAUAUAGUAAUUAGCUAACUGGAUA